CAGCGCUGGGCCCUGAGCGCUGGGAGCGUCGGGCGCCUUGGAAACGGACGGAAGCCGGGAAGGAGCGGCGGAGGCGGCGGCGGGAGGAUGCUGAGCCCCGAGCGGCUCUCGCUGCCGGGGCUCGAGUACCUGGCUCAAAGACAUGUCCUCACGUACAUGGAGGAUGCAGUGAGCCAGCUGCUGGAGAACAGAGAAGAUAUUAGUCAGUAUGGCAUUGCCAGGUUCUUCACUGAAUACUUUAACAGCGUGCGUCAAGGAACACACAUCUUGUUCCGUGAGUUCAGCUUUGUUCAAGCCACCCCUCACAACAGGGCCUCUUUUCUUCGGACCUUCUGGAGGUGUUUCCGAACGGUGGGGAAAAAUGGAGAUCUGCUGACAGCACAGGAGUACCACUGCCUGCUCCAGCUGCUCUGCCCAGACUUCCCCGUGGAACUCACUCAGAAAGCAGCAAGGAUUGUGCUGAUGGAUGAUGCUGUGGAUUGCCUGAUGUCUUUUUCUGAUUUCCUCUUUGCUUUCCAGAUCCAGUUCUACUACUCAGAGUUCCUGGAAAGUGUGGCUGCCAUUUAUCAAGAUCUACUGGCUGGUAAGAAUCCGAAUACUGUGAUUGUGCCAACAUCAUCCUCUGGGCAACAUCGGCAGCGCCAGCCCCCAAGUGACUGCAGCCCACUCGAGGGGGUAGAGGCAUCUCUCUUCUACCAGUGCCUAGAGUCCUUGUGUGACAGAUCAAAAUACAGCUGUCCACCUUCUGCUCUUGUGAAGGAAAUGUUGAGUAGCGCACAGAGACUGACCUUCUAUGGAUUCCUUAUGGCACUUGCAAAGGAUCAGGGGAUCAACAGAGCUCUAGGGGCUUUGCCAGAUAAAGGAGACUUGUUUGUGGACCCUGCCAUGGAUGAGGAACUUGAGAAAUUGGUAGCUCAGGUUUCGGGGCUUUCCAUCUCCGGUCCCAGCAGCUCCAGUGGGGACGCAGCUAAUUUGCCCGUCCGUCACUCACCCAGGAUUAACUCUCCCUGGAAACCUCUACACCACCGGCGAAAAAUGGACACGGAGAGUGAGGGCUCCAAUGAAGAGACUGAUUCCUCUGAAAACUGAAGGUUGUGAAGAUGGGCACCAUUCAUUCCCACCUUGGGUUUCUCCAGAACCCGCUGGAGGACCAGCACCUCCUCCCAGAGCGUCUGCUCUGACGGUGGGUCCUGUCCUCAUCACCAGUGUGUGUUGUGUGGCUGUGCCAGUCCCCGUUGCCAGAUCCACCCCUCUCUUCCCAGGAAGAACUCUGCCUUUUCCCCAGCUCCAAAUUGGUGCAGGAGUAGCUCCUCUGCAGAAGCUAUUUCCAGCUGCAGAGUUAGGCUACCCUCUGCUGGCAGGCAGGACGGACCAGCAGAUGCCUCCCCUUGAGAAAUAGCAGGCUCUUCUCCCAGCAAAGUGGGAGUACUGGUGCCAGUCUUGUCUUGUGUGACUGUCUUCAGACUUGGCCUAGACAUUAGAGUGGUUAAACGGCCAGCAGCAGCUCUGCACUCAUGCCCCAUUAUACUCCCAGUAAAGCUGCACCUCCAUAUGAUCUAAGGAAGAGGAAUUCCUGAAGUUCCUCAAAAAGAAGGGCUUGGGUAUUGCUAUGCCACCUCUUUCUCCUUCCUCUUCCAUGUGUCCAAGACUUACCAAAGCCAAUACAGCAGAUAAGCUAGAUUGCAGUAAGUACUGCACGGUGCUGCCUGGCUCCUCUGAGCUCCCAUCUGUGAGGCCUCCCACCACCUCCAACAGCAUAGUAAGGGCAUUUGGAAGAGCAAGCCUCAGAGAGGGUUGGAGAGAGAAAAAAAGUCUUUAAAUUCCUUGGCCACAGGUGGUGUGGCUUGCAAACAGAGAGAGCAUCUGCUGGGGUUGGGUGGGCAGAAGCAAGCAGUUACCAAAUGAGUCCCAAGUAUUAUUUUUUUUUGUAAAUAUUGGCAUCGUUGUCGCAUCAGAGUGUAGUCCUUCAGGAUAACUCACGGAGAAGUUUUGUCUCUGUCCAGCCCAGCUUGCACAGACAAGCUAUUUCCUGGGGCACUUGAAAUUUCUCUUGCUCCUCUUCUUCAUAAAAUGCUGCACCGUGGGCUACCAGGAGCUGGUCACCCAAAGCUCAGAGCUUCAAAUUCAACACGUGCUGGAGCUAUUUUAAGACUAAUCCUGUAACUACUGCUGAGUCUGUACCACCGCCCCCCACCCCCUGUGGAGGUGGUGGGAAGGGUUAUUUAUUUAUUGCAAGUUCUUUUAUUUAUUAAUGUGCUCGCUAACUGCGCUUUCUCUCCCACCCCUCAGUGAGUGACUGUGACAGCCUGGCAAUAAAGCACGCUGCGUAAGGCCA